CGCGUCCAUCAUGUCCUCACUCUUCCGUUUGCCAUCUCUUGCACUUGACGAUGAGGACUUCAACUUCCAAUCGAACGCGACCCACGUCCUCCCGGAAUGGACGCCUCAGUUCUUUAUUCGCCCCAUGCUUGACAAGCCGCAGAAUCCCAUCAUAGACACACUCAACAAUCAAAGCAAACGCGCUCCUUCGACUCUACAGCGCUUUACACUACCUACGGAGCUCGCGUCUCUCACGCUCGACCAUUUAGCUCCACCGUUGAUACGUCCGUCGCUGCCGGCAUUGGAUGAAGAUCUUCUGUGGACCAAAGCUUUGGCGGCUAGCCCAUCCGGAGAAGUCGUUUCAUGGGACUCUUUGACAAAAGACCAUAAACCAGAGUCCUCGACCGGAUUCAUAUCUGAGCAAGACCCAUUCGUGUUUGCUGCUGCUCGAUAUUACCAUAUUUACAGGAUCCUAAUACCAUAAUCAAAUACGUCCAGCAAUACGAAUUGCUCUCCGCCCUGAAAAUGACGGUGCUGGGUCUUGCUUCUCCGCUACAUGUGUGGGAUGAAACCUCGGAGACUUUCGUGACUCUGAGGGGGGAGCAUGGAGAGCAAACGAUUCUUGUACUGGACGACAAAGACGAGAUGGCUAGCUCGAGUUACAUAUCCCGGUUUCUUGCGAUCGGCACGCUCAUGCGUCGUUUGGAGAACUUUGUUGUCGGGCUGAGGUCGAGGUUCUCGAAAGAGGGACCAACGAUACACGCCUUCAUGCAUACGUUGACCACCGUGCUCGUCUUUCUACGAGAAUCACUCUCGCAACUUCCAUCGGACGCCAGUGCAAGACUGGCGCUGGUCUCGAUCUGGAGUCGUUACGAGCUCUACGAACGAUUGUUGAACGCCCUGGCUGACUUGUGCGGCCGAAGUGUGAAGACGCCUUCCUCCAAGUUCACGUUCCCCGAUCCCGAUCCGAUUAGUCUCCUUUCCCUAAUCUAUGAUCGCCUCGAACACCAUCUGAACCAUCAAUCGUCCAGAACAGUGACUGCGCUCAUGGCCUUCCUUCUCUCUCGAACUUCGCGAGAAUAUCUCGACUAUCUAGCCCGCUCUGUUGGGCUCGGGCCCAUGAUCGUCAAAAAUAACCGUGUGGUGGGAGAACAGAAUGACCAGUACACACUCGAUGCCGAGGACGACAUGGACAACGAAGACCGGGUUGACUGGGAAAACGUUGGUGACGAAAGCUUUCCGACUUUCUUCCCCGCACAGUUGGCCAGCAUACUGCCUGCCGCGCAGAAGUCACUCGUCUUGCUCCGGGCAGCUGAACCGGAUCAUCCAUUGCUGAGUAUUAGACCAACUGCGCCCGUCGUUCAGUGGCUCUGGGCCUGGACGGACAUCGAAGAUAUCUGGAACGGCCAAUGGAAAGACCUGUCAGCCGGCACGUCUGCAGAGGCUCUUCCUGCUCAAGACGACUCGCCUGUCACGGGCCUGGCUGCCCAAUUUCGAGUGUUCGAUCUCGAACCGGGAGCUCACCUGCUCAAAUCACACGACUCCGCGGUAUCUGUCGCAGAUUUACAGGCAUUCAUGGCCACGUUCCCUGAGAAUCUCCCGCCAAUCACUCCGACAUUGGGACAUCUGACGGUGCUCGUUUUCGAGCCUCUGAUGAAACAUGCCUCCGCGCUUUCUGGGGCCCUGUUGACCCACUUCCUCAUUCCUACGGCUUCGGUGCAGAUACAUUCACAAGUUGAACUGCUCUCAGCGUACCUGCUCUUGGGGAAACCGGCGUUCCGAUCACGGGUGUCGGCUGCGCUGUUUUCGGAUGCAGAGGGUCGGGAACCUGGAGAGCUUGGCCCGGUCUCUGUCCGUGGCAUCGGCCGAAACCGAGCUGAAGCUCCGGUGCAGUCCAAAUGGCCCGUGGGGCUGUCGUUUUCGUUGUUGGAGCGACAAGUCUGGCCACCUGUGGGCGCCGAUCUGAGCUUUUUCUUGCGAACAGUCAUCGUCGAUUCGUUCGAAGCGUCCGUGCAGGACACGCCCCAGCCAUUCUGGAUCGAGGCUGAGCGGAGGCUGGGCUUCGCUAUCCGGGAUCUGCCGGUUGUUCCUGGGCACGAUCAAUGGAUGAAUCCGAUGGCGAUCGAAGCCCUUGACUUUUUGUACAUGGACUACAAGGCGCCGCAUCCGAUGGAUAUCGUGAUCAACCAGGAUGUUCUGUCCAAGUACCAGCGCAUGUUCACUUAUCUGCUACGGAUCAUUCGAGUGGAGCAUGCCAUCGCAGCCGUGUUUCGUAUGACCCGCCUCCCUGCGCGUCCAAUUUUCCAGACCCUGGUCAAGCCACACAGAGUGCUUCUCCACUUUCGAUUCAUCGCACACAAGUUCGUCAGCUGCAUAUCCGCCUACGUGUUCGAUACCGCUAUCCGCGGGAACUUGGAUCCCUUCCUCGCCCGGCUGUCCCCGGACUACCCCCAAGCCAAGCGCGGGUUCGGCGACGUCUUCGCGCUGGCGCGCAUGCACUCGUCUCUGCUAGACGACGUGCUGAGUGCGUGUCUGCUGCGCUCGGCCCAGCGGAUGGCCGGCGACCUCCUGCGGCAGGCUCUGCAGCUGGUUCUAGACUUUGCGGUGCUCGUCGGGGAGCGCUGUACCGGACGAUUGGAGGAAUACCAGGCCGAGCCUGAGUUGAUCGCUUUGGCCAAUGCGUUCCGCAGCAAAGUCAAUGCGUUGAUCCAGGCCCUGAAAAUGCUAGCUGAGAAGGGUUCUGGUACGAAGGACGGUGGCCCCACGGGCGGCCUCGAAGCAAUUCCACAUCUGCUCGAGCUGCUUUCCGAAUGGUGGACAAUUAGCGAUGACCCUGCUUGAGCCUAGUUUGCCUUCCCGAGCUCUUUCUUGUGCAUAUUGGCCUCGGGUUCUGUCCGGGCCAUUAUCUGUCGCUCGUCAGGAGUAUUAUCAUCCACGGCCCCGAGCUGGCCUGUAACUGGAUGGCCAUCGAGCAGCACGGAUACUUGCCGAUUGCCUGCUACAGUGAUCCCACUUCAUCCGAAUCCGAUGCUAUUGGAUCUCGAGGCUUCAGGCUUCGUGACGGUCGCCUAGAAAUAUUCGAGCGUUGUGAGCAGAUGUUGAAUGAACUUCAUGUUACACCGUCCGUCUCGCGAACCUCUGAACACACACUGAGACUCAAGCCCACUUUUAAUCACCAUGAGCCCAGCCGAGGCCCGCAUAUGUCGAUAACUCCCGAGAGGCAUCCUUUGCGAAGUAAGCUGCGGUUUAUCUCCACCUCACAACCUGCUCACAUCCGUGAAGCGAAAUUCGAUGUACUAUGCAUGGCCUCGAAUCAUCAACAUCGUGAUGUUCGGGACGAGUGAGAGCCACCGCAGCUUUUGGACUGCUUGGUACGGUCUCGAAAGGGUCGUCCCAACUGCGAGGGAAUUCUGCAGCUCUUCUGUCUACCUGAUAAGAUUGGGUUUACCUUUUUGAUAAGAUCGAAUACAUUACGUGAACAAUCAUUUCUGUCACGUGUGUUCAAGUACUUGACUCGGAACGCACCAGCAGACCGCCUCUUCUACAGGCUGGCUUCAUUCUGAUACUUUCCCUCCCUCAUGAAUUGACGCAGCUUGGAAGACUGCAUGUAAUCCCAUUUCCACAAUGACUGGCCCGGAAACUGCAUGCCAAGAUUGAUGGGAAAGACGUCACUGGUGCAUGCACGCGUCGCUUAACUGUGGAUCCCCAGAAACCUCCGUCAUACCCAGCCGGGAUGUAUAAAGACCGGAUGCGCAGAACGGUGCUGCCCACACUUCGAACCUUUACGCCUCCAUAAUGACCUUGACGAUCUUCCUUCUUUUCUUUCUCACAUCCUACGUCCGGGUCGUCGUCGCGCAUCCCAUGGCGACACCCAUACCCAUAGACGACUCGGCCUCAGGCACCCCCGUCCACGCGCGCGCAGUGACGAGCACGUCGAAAGCGGGGAUCGCGGGCGGUGGGGACGCAGCGACCGACAUGACGCAGUUCCAGUCCACGGGCAAGGUUUCGUGGUACUACACCUGGGGCCUGUACUCGGUCAACACCUCCCUCGAGUUCGUGCCCAUGUUAUGGGGCGACCGCAAUAGCGAUGUGUCCGACUGGACGGACGCGUCGUCGGGGAUCAACGCGACCAUUCAGCAGCGCAAGCCCACCGCUAUCCUCGGCUUCAACGAGCCUCAAGAGAAGGGCCAGUCGAACUUGACACCACAACAAGGCGCGCAGCUCUGGCAGCAGUACAUCCAGCCUUUGAAAGGGCAGGGUCUGCGGCUGGGCAGUCCUGCGCCGUCCAGCGCGCCGUCUGGCAAGACGUGGAUCCAGGACUUCCUGACAGCCUGCGCGGGCGGCUGCAGCGUCGAUUUCAUCGCCCUCCACUACUACGACGUGAACGCGACGGCGUUCAUGGAGUACCUGACCGACUUCCACAACACAUUCCAGCUGCCGAUCUGGGUGACGGAGUGGUCGUGCCAGAACUACAACAACGGGCCGCAGUGCUCGUCCGACCAGAUCGUGCAGUUCCUCAACCAGACGCAGUCGUUCAUGGACCAGACGGACUGGGUCGAGCGCUACUCGUGGUUCGGCAUCCUCCGCGAUCUGCAGGGCGUCAACACCGGUGACGCGAUGAUGUCCAAGGACGGCCAGAUCAACUCCCUCGGCAAGCAGUACAUCGGCGCGGAGGCGCCCCAGACAAGUGGCGGGACGACCGCGGGCUUGCCAUCGCUGCCGACGAGUGCUGGUUUGUUGGAGAGGGCGCUGUCGACCUGGUGGAUUCUGCUGUCCUUCUCCGCAGCAGCUUGGUUGUCGAUCUAAGCACGGACGAUGUUUGAUAUACCCCCCAUGGACAAUAGAUAUGCCCUGUAUUGUACUUUUAUUCGUGCAUCACGUGCUGUCACACACUUGGGUGGACCUUCACUCGAAUAGUCUGAGACAGCCUGUUCACGCUCUCAACGCGUCUUUCUCAACGCCCACCCAGACCUCUUCGAAUCAGCAGGCUGCUCGAUGAUGCGCUUGCUUCGUGCUCGAACCGACAGAUCUUCCAGAGGGAAAUGGACUGCCAGACCUCGACGCGUUAUCGACACACAUUUUGCCACUUUUAUGUGUUACUGUAGCUAUUUAUGGGGGUGCGGGAAAGUGACUGAGCUGCACCGCUUGACCGGUGAGAGUGAAGUUAUGGGUCAGGCUCUCAGGCACAUCGACACUGAGGCUGUAGCUGCCGGGGUACAACCAGAGAUUGCCGCUCUCGUCGGUGCGCGCGAGGCUGCCCAGGGUUACACUGAUCGACGCAGCGACCGUCAAGCCAGCCUUGAGCGCAGCCACGCGCGAGUACCCGAUCAACGAUUUGUUCGGGAACGGCGGCGGCCCUGCCGUCGUUUUCACGAACAUCAAGGCGACAAAGUCCG